CGCUCAUUCGCUCGACCUAAGUCAGCUGAAGAAAUUCCUCUUUACUUUUAUACUCUUUCUCUCUCCCUCUCUUUCUGCUGGCCCUGAUCUCUUUCUCUCUUAUUUGCAGGUACUUGCCUUCUCUCUCCGUCCACUUUUAAUGUACCCUCCGUUCAGAUAAGCUCUCAGUCUCAAAGCAAGCUAUGUCGUCAGUACCUUCUAAGUCUCGUCCUCCUAAGCCACCGAGAAUCAAGAAAGGUCCUUCGAUACCCAAUGGACACAUCGACAGUGACAAUCCUCAGGCUUCUCCUACUCUACCCUCGUCUACCAUUGUUCCAUCGUCACCCACCGUUGUGCCAUCAUCUGCUCCAUCAUCCACAGUCUCUCCUUAUAAACCUGAUGGUAAGCCGGGACGAGCAACUUCAUUACAAGCAGCUGCUACCAUAUCUAAAGCACUUCAAAAGAUAAAGAAAGUUGAAGAUGAGAAGGCACUCAAGCAGCAGCUGGAGGAACAGGACAGCACGGCUUUAUCAAGAACCUCUAGUGACAGCAGUAGAGAUGAUCCAUUUGUAGUUGGUGAUCAGGAUCUAUCAACAAGAUCACAUCAUAUUGAUUCCUUGACACAAGAUAAUGCAUCUCAACCUUCUCCGUCGCAAUCCCCACGAGUUCCCUCCAGUCCCAAACCAAUCCCGAUUAUUCCUAACAGAGGAGAAAGGAGAGAGAGAGGUCGAGGAGGAGAAGGUGAAAGUUCAUUUGACGGAGGAGCAUCUGUUCCUUUAUCUGUUGGUUGUAGUUCUAAGUCGCCUCUCUCUCCAAAGAAGGACAAGAGAAAGGAAGAGAAUGAGAGGAAAGGGAGUCUUAGUUCCUCCGGCAGUGUUGGUAAGAAACCUCUCCUCCCUCCAUCUUUAAAAGUAGCCCCUCCCCGCCCACCUUUACUGGCACGCCCACUGCUGUCAGCCCGGUCUCUUUCAACUAGUGAAGAUUCAAAACAGUCACAAGAUAGUCACGUGACUCCGCCUAAAGGAAGUGCAACUAGCAAUCCUGACGAAAGAAGUAAAUUUACAUUUUCUUCUACUGAAACAGCCGAUUCCUCGUUGCCUAGUAACAAUACUCAGACCACACCUACAAAAUUAACAAGUGGGGGUGUGGUCACUGACGAGACUAUGGAUAGAGGAGGCGAGUCAGCGUUUUUAGAAGAAACCGAUGGAUUGAAACUAGGUAACAAGAAAAAGCUGACACCCAUUACCACACCUCCUAAACCACUCCUCCCAUCCAAACCAGGUACCAAGCUGCACAAGGUCAAUAUUAAAGGUGAUGACUCAUGGAUUCAGCGUAAAACCAACCAAUCAGAGUCCCCGCCCAUGUCAAAGGUUUUGUCUGGAAGUAGUGAGAGGGUUUCCCCUUCUACUGAAAAGAAAGGACUCACAGCAUCUUUGUCAGUUCCAUACCGGAGCCAUGCCAUCAUUAGCCCAGGGACUAAGAGGCAGAGUACGACCGAGGCACUGCUGAAGGAUAAAUCAAAACCAGUGGUUGGACCCUCUGGGGAAUAUUACCCACCAGCUGUACGGUCAAUCACUCCGGAGCCAUUUAAAGGCAGCAGUGAUACUCGGAUCAAAGAAGAGGAGGAGGAGGAGGAAGAGGAGGAGAGAGAUAGUCUGAAGGGUAUUAAGAGGUUUGCUAAGUAUCGACGCUCAAAUAGUUUCAGUGGAGACGCUGACAAGAGACUCAGACCUGUCUCAAUGGUGGACCCUAACCAUUCAAAUAAGAAGUUGAUUGAUCAAAGAGGCACUCUACAGCAUCAGGGGAUGUCAGAGUCCACCAUAGUGACAUCAGAGCACCAGAACAAGAAGCUGUUAUCCAAAGCAGCUCGUGGCUCAAUAAAGAAGAAAGGAGUCUUUGGUUUAUUCAGAGGAGGAGGGAAACAGAAAGAAGAGCAGGCGGAAGAAGAGGCUGAAGUGGGUGGAGAUUCAAGCGAAGAUGAAACUGGCGGCACAAUAAAGAGAAUGCCAAAGGGAAAGGAAAGGGUUGAUGAACCAGCUUCUGAACAGGAAUAUCCUCAUCUCUUUCAGUAUGUGUUUGUAAUGGGACUGACUGAAGAUCCGUCCACUAAAAAACUCAAGACCCAAAUCACUUACCAGUAUCCGCCACCUUCUAGCGAGAUUGACAAAGAAGAUAAACCAAUUUUAGGUUCUCUUGGUCAGUUUUGUUUCCCUGAUCUCCAGCAGUGGAAACCAGUCGUCCAUUAUACCAGUGAGAGUUAUUCAUUCGUGCUGACUAACAUUGAUGCUUCAAGGAGAUACGGAUACUGUAGGAGACUGUUGCCUGAUGGCAAGUCGCCACGGUUACCCGAAGUCUAUUGCAUCAUCAGUCCUCUUGGCUGCUUUGAUCUUUACGCUAAGAUUCUGGACAUUGUGGAGCAGAGGAGAACUGUGUCUCAAGUGGCUGUGUUCACUUUCCUAAAGAGCAUCAGCGCUAAUCCAUUCCCAGCACCUGGCCAGUCUGUUUCAGUUAAAGUCAUACCAGCUAAAACUGGUGAUCUUGAAACCAUUAAGCUCAGGAGGCCCCCCGACUCAAGACUAGAGCAUGUUGACUUCUCCGUCCUAUACAAUGUCCUUGGACCGAAAAAACUCAUAAAUGUCUUUGCUUCUUUGCUGAUGGAGCGUAGGGUGAUACUGGCUGCUCAGAGACUGAGUACCCUCUCCUCUUGCUGCCACGCCCUCUUAGCCUUACUCUAUCCUUUUGAAUGGCAGCAUACUUUCAUUCCAGUGUUACCUGAUGAGCUGAUUGAUUUCUGUGGUUCACCUCUGCCCUGUAUAUUUGGUAUCAGUCCUUCAAUGGUUAAGAAACUGGAUCAUCUAGAAAUUGAAAUGGAAGAAGCUCUUGUUGUAGACUUGGAUAAGAGGAAAUUUGUCAGAAAGUUCGACGAUGAGUCCUCAAUCCUGCCUAACAAAGUGUCUCAGUUUCUCAUUCACAUGUUGGAUGCAGCUAUCAUUAAGAACGCUUACAGUAGACCAGAUAGAAAAGGCCAUGCAAGAGCUGACGAGAUCAUUGUCAAUGCCUUCAUGACCGUCUUUGCUUAUUUCUUUGGAGAGUAUAAGCAGUACAUGUCAGUGAAGGACACAAAAACUAGAAUGAGAGAACUUCAGAAGAAAGACUUUGUGAGCAGCUUUAAUUCAAAGUCAACAAAAAGGUUUUUAAAUGCUUUCAUGAUGACUCAGAUGUUUGACAAGUGGAUCGAAGAGCGGGAAGAUCCACGUAAAUCAGCAGCUGUAGCUGAGGGUUUGUUUGAAAUGAAACUAUCCGAGUUGUAUGAGAGAAAGCAAGAAAUUGAAAUUUUUAGUUCAAAGAGACGGCUUCCAUGGAAGAAGAAGUCCAGUAACACUUAGCUUGCACUAAUUAUUAUUAUUAUUAUUAUUAUUAUUAUUAUUGUUGUUGUUGUUGUUGUUGUUGUUGUUAUUAUUAUGCUGUGUAUAGAUAGAUGUCAUAUCAACAGUUAUUUUUGUUGUCGUGAGUGUUAUAAAACUUCAUUUUAUUGUCAUUCGUUUUGAAUCUUUUUUAUUGCAAA